UGAAGCGAUGCCACGCAGGCACAUAUACACCAGCCAAUCACAAAGCAGGUGAGGAGGGUUCACGGGCGUCUACGUAGCUGAGGAGAAACGAUGGAACAUCAGCAUCAUGCUUACCGGGCUACAAAACAAAGAGCUCGUGCAGCUCCUCCAGGAGAUCCUCUUCUUUUUGAGGACACCAGUUCUGGGAUGCCACCCAUGAACAACCAGAAUUACUAUGAAUCUGGUUAUAACAUGGGUGCUGGAAUAUCAGGUGGCCAAGAUCCUAGUGGAAUGAACAACAUCUUUGCAGAUCCUAUGGCCAGUGCAGCUAUGAUGUAUGGUUCUUCACUUGCAAACCAAGGCAAAGAUAUAGUAAACAAAGAGAUCAGCCGAUUUAUGUCAGUGAACAAGCUGAAGUAUUUCUUUGCCGUUGACUCCAAAUACGUCAUAAAGAAGUUAAUGCUUCUCAUGUUCCCUUAUACACAUCAGGACUGGGAAGUUCGGUACCACAGAGACUCUCCACUCCCCCCUCGAAAUGAUAUCAAUGCUCCAGAUCUCUACAUACCAACAAUGGCUUUCAUCACCUACAUUUUGCUGGCAGGAAUGGCUUUAGGAAUACAGAAACGGUUCAGCCCAGAGGUCCUUGGUUUGUGUGCAAGCACUGCUCUGGUUUGGAUCAUCAUUGAGGUCCUUGUAAUGUUGCUGUGUCUGUACCUGCUCACAGUGCACACAGAUCUUUCCACCUUUGACCUUGUUGCCUAUAGUGGAUACAAAUAUGUUGGAAUGAUCUUCACUGUUCUAUGUGGACUUCUCUUUGGCAGUGAUGGUUACUUUGUUGCUCUUGCCUGGUGCUCUUGUGCCCUCAUGUUUUUCAUUGUCCGCUCUCUCAAAAUGAAGAUCCUUUCUUCACUGUCCUCAGACUCGAUGGGUGCCGGCGCAAGCGCCAAACCUCGUCUCCGCUUGUACGUGACUGUGGCUUCUGCAGUCUUUCAGCCAAUCAUUAUCUAUUGGCUGACUGCUCAUUUGGUCAGAUGACCAGGUGUAAAAGAACUUUAAAACAGUACAGAAAACAGUGUCUUGUGUGAAUGUUGACUCCAUAGUUUUCUUUGCCAUUUCAAUCGGAUAUAUGACCUGCCAGUACGAAUUCAUGCCAUCGGAUUAGGUUUGUCAUCUUUUGGGGGAAAAAAAUGACUUACAGGUGUUUCUCGCAAGGAUUUGUAUUUUCACUUUUAAUUUUUUUUUUCUGACUUGGGAAAAAAAAAAGCUUAGGUGACUGUUUAAAAAUCACCUUUCUUUUAAGUUUAAUUAUUCAGAUUACUCUCUGUCCCAGUGUCCAGCAACAUUUUGUGUGGUAUAUUAUAAUAGUGCUAAACACACGCUCUUUGCUGAGCCAAUGUGCCCUUAUUUUCUAUUUAUCUUUGCAUGAACAACAGUGCUUUUUCUUACAGUAAAAUAAAUGGUGAGUUCAAUUUUAA